AUACUGUGACAAUUGCCGAUUUUCAAUUGAUAACAGCGACCAUGUGUCUCGAAUCUAUCAACUUCGACAUAAGCCCUUGGCCUCUAGUUAAAAACUGGUAUGACACAUACAAAUUGGAACAUCCAACUUUAUGGAAAAUUGUUGAAGCGGGAAUGAAAGAACUUUCGAAAGUAGUGUCCCAGAUUUGAGUCAUAUUAUUUACACCAUUCUAUCCAUCCAGUAAGGAUAUAAAAAUACAUAAAUCACUUUUCUUAUAUAUUGGUAAUUAUCUGAACGUUACUCAGAGAUAAUAGAAUAUCGAGUUGUGUGUAACCAAAAUGAAUGGAGUUCGAGUAAAGUUAUUUAUCAAAUAAUGUCAAUUAUCCCAAAAAUUUAAAUAAAUAUUUUCUUUCUCAAUACGAAA